UUCCAAUAUUAUCAGCUUGCUCACAUGUUUGUAGGCAUUUGAGGGCGAGAUACAAUGCUCGUUGCCAGGAGCAGGCACCUCCUUUUGCAAGAAACAUCGCUACAUUGCUAUUACAAAGCUAUUGAACGCGACUGGGAAAAGCAUAAUGCCACAUGGUUCGGAAAAGAAGACGUCGACAAACUCAGUAGAGCCUACUAUCUCGUAUCUAUCGCGAUUAUCGCACGAAUCGUCCACGCCUGGCGGUAUUAUAGAGACGACUACUGCGAAGGACACGAAAAGCGCGUCAUUUGGCUUUAUUCUGAUCGGCGAAAUAUCGAAAAUCUGAUUCAUGAUGGGAACCGCGGACUCCUUCUGGAAGAGAACGCCGAGAAGAAAAUACAAGAAAACCUUGUAGAUGCGCUGGAGAGGGUCAAUGAAGACCUACCUGACUGGGAAUUCCAUACACUGUUGAGGGACUUCCCAGAAGUCCAAAUCGUCCCCGAAGACACUCUAGGAGCAAUCACUCGAGCGAGCAGGCGAGCCGAGAUCUUGGCUUCGAACAAGGCCUAUAACCCGAUAGAUUGGUCGGGCGAUGAGCCUAUGUCUGAGGCCGAUAGAGAGAAAUGGGCCAUAUACUACGAAACGCAGGUUCAGUGGUAAUCCUACCUCGAUCCAAACUGGGGUUGAACAGCCAAGAAGCCCGAACGAAUCAACUCUCCACAAAC